GCCGAACCACUUGCCCUUCCUUGUCGGUGGGUCAUCGAUCUUCCCACCACCGGCCUCUUUCUCUUCCCGAGGGGGCAGCAGGGCAGGGCAUCCUCUUCCUUCCUUCGCCGCUAAGCAAGCACGCAUGGUAGAUGGUAUCAAGCACCCCCGAUCCCUCCACAGUUAAUCUGCGUGAUUAGGGACCAGAUUUGGGGGUCGUCGUCGGAGCUCAAGGUGGAUGGUGGGGGUGCUGUCGAAUCGCGUGGAUCGGGAAGACGUCAAGGCCGGGGAUCACGUCUACUCAUGGCGAACCGCCUACCUCUACGCCCACCAUGGGAUAUAUGUUGGAGAUGGCAUGGUCGUCCAUUUUACUAGAGCAGCUGGACACGAGAUUGGGACAGGAACAUUCUUGGAUUGGUUCCUUUUUAGCUCCUCUCCGGCGGCAACCACCGAGGGCCCUUCCUGCCAGAAAUGUGGCCACCUGAUUAAGCGUCAGGGAGUCAUCAUGUCCUGCCUCGAUUGCUUCUUAGAUGGGGGCAGCCUCUACCUGUUUGACUAUGCCGUGUCGCCUGCUUUCUUCCUCGCCAAAGCACGCGGAGGAACAUGCACUCUGGCUGCCUCCGACCCUUCUGGUGUUGUGAUCCACCGUGCCCAGUACCUCCUCCACAAUGGCUUUGGCAUGUACUGCCUGUUCAAGAACAACUGCGAGGACUUCGCCAUAUACUGCAAGACAGGGCUGCUCGUGGAGACUGCUUUCAGUGUUGGCCGCAGCGGGCAGCUGGCAUCCUUGACGGCUGCCUUCAGUGCAGUGGCCUCGUCACCACUGCGUUUCCUGACCACUAGUGCUGGUGGCCUGGCAGUUGUGACGAGCGGCAUGUACUGCGUGGGGCGGUAUGUGUCAGAUAUCGGUGUUCGGCGCGAUGUAGUCAAGGUCCCUGUGGAAAGGCUCGUGGAGCACUGGGAGCAGAAUGUUGUCGCUUCUCCUCCUCAAGGACGGGCUGUGGAGACGGAUGUCGCAGCAGCAGCAGUCGGAGAGGUAGAGGCGGUUCGCCAAACUAGCUAGUGCUAGUUAUUAUUAUUCAUUAUUAUGUGUGUAUCUGAAAGAAAACAAACAAUGGUGUUGUCGCUGAAUGAUGGUGCUGGAUCGAUCUGGUUUGUUAUAUAUGUUUGCUGAUAAACCAUCCAUUGUAUCCCUUCUUCCUCUAGUGUGAUCAUCGAUGUACCUGGUGUUGUCAUUGUCAUGAGACAGACUACUGUACCUAGCUGCUUGUGUGGAGGUACAUGCAUGUAAUCUGGUGUUAUGUGUCCAAGGUUGCCGUUGCUAGUGUUCCCAAGCAAGAGGAAGCAAUGAUGAUGAUGAAUAUGAUCUCAUGGUAUUCCCAAGUUGGAUAACCCUG